AUGCUCUCCCAAGCGUGUGGCGGGGGAAGAGGAGCUGGGUGCAGGGGGGCGGGCUGUAGCAUCACCAGACCUAGGUUCAGAUCGCGGCUCUACCGCUUACUCGCUGCGACUCUGGGCGAGGACGGUCACCCCCAGGCUUCCGUUUCCCCCUCUGGGAGCCGCCUUCUGUGCUUGGCCACACGGAUCUGUGGGUUACAGUCAGGACUUAGUGCGUGGAAGUUGUAUCCACAGUUACCCACGGAUAACAGACUUCCUUCCGUGUGCCGAGAGAAGGCAGAUUGUGUCCCCCUCAAGAGACAGGUGUCUCAGGUUGGUGCCAGAUUCCAGACCCAGGACUCUCAGAAGGUUACCGUCGGGCCUCCCGAAAACAUUUGGGUGACGCCAGGAGAAGGCUCCCUUAUCAUCAGGCUCUCCUCUCCCUUUGACGUCCGUGCCUUCUCGGCCACUUUUUUGUAUUAUGUCCAUUACUGGGAAAAGGCAGGAAUCCAACAGGUUAAAGGCCCUUUCAGGAGCACCUCCAUCGUGUUGAAUGAUUUGAAACCCUUAAGAGAAUACUGUUUACAAAUCAAAGCGCAACUGGUUUGUGAAAAAGGGAACAUCUCUAGACCCGGACACUUAAGCAACGUAUCUUGCUACAAAACAGCGAUGGAUGCCGCCACAAAACUCCAGCAAAUCAUCGUGAUUGCUGUGGGACUCUUUCUGUUCCUGUCGAUGCUGGCGGGGGCCUGUUUCUUCCUGGUCCUGAAAUACAGAGGCCUGGUGAAAUACUGGUUUCACUCUCCACCGAGCAUCCCGUUACAAAUAGAAGAGUAUUUAAAGGACCCGGCUCAGCCUAUCUUGGAGGCCCUGGACAAGGACAGCUCGCCAAAGGAUGAUGCCUGGGACUCUGUGUCCGUUGUUUCGUUUCCAGAGAAGGAGCAAGAAGAUGUUCUCCAGAGUACUUUGCACCAAAGCCCCGGUCCGGUCCAGCAGCCUGUGGGAUGAGGGCUCUGAGCCGACGAAGCAGCUGAUGUUCGCGUCGCGACUUCACAGAGCCCAGCACUCCAUAUUUCCGUCCCGCCAAGGCCGCCGGUGCCUGGGAAGAUGCCAUGGGUCUCGUAGGGGAGACAAGUUUUUUUUUUUUCUAGAGUUUUCUAAUCAUACAAGUUUCUAGAAUGAUUCUACAGAGAUAGCCCAGAAUAAUUAAGGUUGCUCUUAAACACUAAAAGGACACAUAAUUGUUAGCAAAAUGGCUCUGGUACACCUCUGAGGUUUCGUUCGUCGGCAGCGAGGACGCCGGGUCCUCUCCUUGACUCGGGCGGGUGGGCUGCAGCCCCUGGGGCAGGUCAUGUAACCUGUCCCAGGCUGUCCCAACGAGGGACAUCGAGUGACCCUUCGCCAUAGCCAAUCUCCUGACUUAAAAUGUGAUUAGUCCUGUAAAUAUUUUCCUGGUAAUUUAAGCCUUUUUUUUUUUUUCAAGCUAGGAAUAAAAGACUUUAACUUUUUCAAAGUAAAA